AUGCUAUAUAAAACACAGCUUUGCUCUUUUUACGCAAAAGGAAUUUGCGCUCGUGGUAACAAAUGUAGUUGGGCUCAUGGGGAAUUAGAUGUUAGGCCGAUGCCUAAAUUUUACAAAACUCGAAUGUGCUAUACAUUUUUAUCGGGAAGUUAUUGUGAAGCCUCUAAAUGUACAUUUGCUCAUACAGAAGAAGAAUUAAGAGGCUCUGGAAAGGCCCUGAGGUUGUGUACAAAAUAUUUUUUAGAUGGCUAUUGUAGUAAGGCAGAUAAAUGCCCUAUGGCACAUAGCAUAAACCAGUUGGAUCCAUCUGUAAAAUUUUCGUCAACAGAACUUAUGAGCAGAGUUUAUAAUAAUGAAGAACUUGAAAACUAUAAAAAUCGAAUGGGCAUAAAUAAUAACGAAAACAAACAAACAGAUGAAGUAAAAGGAAAUCAUGAAGACUAUAAUGAUAAUAUGAAUAAUGCUGACAAUGAAAAGGAUAAUAGCGAAAAUAAUUCUAAAAAUAAUAACGACAAUAAAAAUGGACAGAGAGAUAAUAGUAGAAAUAACAAGAUUAAUAAAAGUAAUCAAAAUAACGAAUAUGAGUUGCGUAAAGGUUUAGGAGAUAGCGAAGAUGAUGUGAAUAAAGAAAAAGAUAAAUAUAAUAUGAAUCGUUUUCGUAAUAAUGAAAAUAUGAAGGACUCAAAAAAAUCUCCUUUUAACUUUUAUCGGAAUAAUGAGAGAAAAACAUACAAAGAAUAUUUAAUUGAUACAAAUCAGAUGAAUGGUUGUAUUGGAGACAUAGACAAAGAUGAAGAUAUAUUGUAUAACGAUAUUUUGAUGAAUGGAGAUUAUAUGAGAAGAAAAAAUUCCACAAAAGAAAAUUUGAUAAACAAUAAAUUUGAGAACAUAACAUCGAAUGGAUAUCAUUAUAAUUACGAUGGAAUAAUAGAAGAAAGAGAAAUAUCUAAUAGCAAAAUAUACAAAUAUAAGAAUGUAAAUAAUGGAGAGAAUGCAGAUAUGUUUAGUAAUAAUUAUGUAAAUAUGAAAAAUUUGAAUAUGGGAAAUAAAGCAAUGUUACUAAAUGAAUAUUACAAAAAUAAUUUUUCGUUAGCAGAACACAAUACACAAAAUGGUGAAAAUAGUAAGGGAAAUAACAAUGGUAAUAUGAAUGGUGUAUAUGGAGAUGCUAAUAAUUUUGAUAGGAUGUCUAUUUUAAGAAAAAUGGAUAAACAAAGUUUAUUAUUAAAUAUGAAUUAUGAUAUAAACUUUAAUUCAACAAAAAAAUUUUAUAAUGAUAAGAAUGAGAUGAAUAUGAAUGAAGAAAAAAAUAUGUUUACCAAAAAUAGUAAAAAUGGUGAUAUAAUUAAUAACCCAUUUUUUGACCCCAAUAUAAGCAAAUAUGAUGAUUCAAAAAAUUGUUCAAAUUAUUUUAAUGAAAAUGGGAUAAAUAAAAAAAAAGAAAACGAAGAAAAUGUUGAGAAUAUAGAAAAUUACAAAAAUAUGCCGAUUGAAUUUAAUUAUAAAAACAAAUCUAGAACAGACCGAUAUGGUAAUAAUAUGACAAGUCUUAAUUUAAUGAACAAAAUGAAUGAUUCAGUUGAUGUUUCUGAUAUGAAUAAAGUUGGAUUUGAUGAAAAAAAUGAGAAGAAUAUAAAUGAAAUGCGUCAAAUGAACAUGAAUUUAGAAAGCUUGAUAUAUAAUAUGAACAAUAUAAAUUUGUGUGAUGGAAAUAAAAACGAAAAGGAAUCUAAAAAUAGGAUUUUAAUGCAAGCAUUUAUGAAAUCAAGUAAUGAUAAUAGUAGUCUCAAUGCUCCAUCUGAAAAAAAUGUUCAAAAUGGAAAUGAAGAAAUAAAACGAAAUGAUGAAAGUAAAAUAAAUCAUGAAUCUUUUGAAUAUUAUACAAAUAAUAUUGAUUAUGAAUUUAAAAAAAUGAUUAUGGAUAAUGAAUUUUUAUUAGACAAUAAUAAUGGAAGUAAUAAUAUUAACAAAUAUAACGAAUUUAAUGACCAGUUUGUAAUUCCUAAAAGUUCAAAUAAUAAUAAUGAGCAUAUUAUGAGUAACUAUACAGUAUUGAGUUCGAAUGAUUUAUGUAAUAGUAUGAAUGCUAUGACAAAUUUUAGUAAUGUGAAUAGUGUUAGUAAUAUGAGUAAUGCUUGCAAUAUAGAUGAUAUAGGUAAGAAAGGAAAUAUGAAUGGACUUAAGGCAAAUUAUUAUAAUAAUUAUAAAAAAAAUGCAAUUAAUAAUAUGAACAAUGGAAUAAUAAAAGUUAAUGGUAAUUGUAAUGUAGAAUAUGAAAAUAGAAAAACAAAUUCGAGUGCCAAAUUAAAUGAUUUAAAAGAUAUACGAAAUGAUGAAAUAAAUAAUUUUAUUAAUGAAGCUGUAAUGGAUAAAAGUUAUAUAGAAAAAAAAAUGAUUUCUUCAGGUGAAAAAGUUGGACAGGGAGGAGAAAUAUUUGAUGAAGGUUACAGUUCAUUAUCAUCUGACGCAUCUUCUUCUAAUGAUUAUGAUUUAAAAAAAGGAAAUAAAAAAAUGAAAAAAAAUAUAAUUUUAAAUAAAAAAGGAAAUAAUAUAAAGAAAGAUAUAUUAAAUGAAGAACAAGAAAUAAAUGAAAGUUUAUCUGAUGAAAGUACUAUAUUGUUAAAUGGGAAAGGAAAUGAUAAAAUGAGUGAAAAUCGCAUGAGCAGUCAUCAUGAUAUGAGAAAUAAUGAUAAUACUUUAAACACUUCAGAAUAUAAAUGGAAUGUGUGCAUGCUUAAUGAAAACAAUGGGAAUUGUAUAAACAGAAAUAGGAAUAAUAAUAGUAGUAGAAAUUAUGACUAUUUAAAAAACAAGUUUGGUAAUAUAAAUGAGAAUAGUAUGAAAUACGAAGAUAUUAACAAAUUUUUGUUAGGAAAUAAUAACAAUGUUUCGGGCUAUGAUUUUGAAAAAAUAUUUUCAAAUAAAAAAAAAGUCGGAGAAAAUAUGAACAAUCAGGCAGAAACUGGCACAAACAACAUGAACGAUUUAAUAGAUUACCAAAAUAGAAGAAAUGCUAUGAACAAAAAUAAAAAUGGAUAUAAUGAGAAUGGAAAUUUAUUAAGUAUUCUCCAAAAUGGUUAUAGCAAUAUUAAUACUAAUAAUAUUAGUGAGUCAAAUAGAGAAAUAAAAAAUAGCAAUAUGAUUAGUGGUGUAAAUAAUAAUAUGAACGGACAGGUAUUUAGCUACAAUUAUUUUAACAAAAAUAAUAUGAACAAUGUUAAAAACUCGUGUGUUAAUAGUAAAGACAAUGAUGAUAUAAUUAGUAAUACUAAUUUUUUUAGCAAUGUAGAAAAUGGUAUAACAGAUGGUAUGUUAAAUGACUCAUUAAAUGGUGGAGAUCAAAAUUAUUAUAUAAAUGAACAUAAAAAAAAUGAUUUAUCUCAGAUUUCUAAGAAUAAUUAUUCCAACUACUUUUUAGAUAAUAGUGAAAAUCAUUCAAGUAUAGCUAAUUUAAAUUUUUAUGAAAUGGCAUAUACUAAUGGCGGUUUUUCGAACUAUGGGCAUGGUAAUAAUAAUGGAAAUAGCGAAAAUAGCAAAAUCGAUAUAUUAAAUACAAAAAAAAAUACCCAAUCUACUAAUGUUGAUGAUAAUAACGAUAGUUUAUCUUUAAAUAAUAAGAAUGGAAAAAAUGUUUUAAAUAGCUGCACCCCCCUUACUUACAAUUUCAACGAUUGUAUGAAUGCCUCAACAAAAAUGAUAUAG